GGACAUGGCGGGUAUCACCACCACGGUCCCCGUUGUCAAGGAACUGCGUCCUCGGUUGCUAGCAUGGAGGGACUGUACACAGACAAACUCACCUAGAAAAGAGAUCCGGAUUAUUUCUUACUUUCUUAAACGACCAAAGAGUUUGCUGCGAUGUGGAUUCGAACAUUUCCUUUGCAAGUUUAUCUUCGCCCUGAAAAUGGUUGAAUGACUUAGAACCGAGUACGGCUGACGUUAGCUAAAAAGGACCCAACCAGCCACGUUAGCAGCUAGCAGCUUUGCUGGGAGCUGAACCUGAAUGUCUGCCCGGUGUCAGCAAGGAUCCGCAGCCUCGGAGCAUGCAAGUUCUUCAGGACAACUUCUUUUACCACUCAAAUUCGAGGUUGGGAGCUGGUGGACGCCUCGAAGAUGAGAGACAACUUUUGGUUGAAGAGCAGAAGUUAUGCAGAGUCCGAGCUCGCAAGUUCUCCCUGGAAACCAACCGACGCAGGAAGGCUCUGGAGGAAAGACGGAAGCAGUGGGACGUGCAGGAGCAACGGCUGAGAGAGAACAUCCUACAGCAACGCAGGCAGCGAGUACAGAAUGCAACUGAGCGCUUCCAAAGAGCCCAUUUACCUUCUUCUCAGAGACGCAGACAAUGUUUUAGAAGAAAUGUCCCAAAUAUUGAAGAUGCACUCAAUCAAAUUCAAGGCACCUUAAGUUCACACACGCGGCAGUCCUCUUUCUUGUCCAGAAACUCUAAUGUUAGCAGAAGCUGCACUCCCUCUCCUAAGCCUCCCACAGUUUCUAAAACCUCCCACCGCCAAGCACUCUCUGCUGUAGAGGCCUACACUAAACUGCUUCAGGAGCAGAGCAUGACUUGCUUCAAGAACAGUCAACAAACUGAAAAAACACAAGAGAAGCAACAAUAUCACAAUCCACAGGACAGCUACCUGUCUGAUUGCUGUAAUUCUGAAAGCCUUUCAAGUAAGGACAGUUUGGAGAACGAGGACCCCAACCACAGCACAAAAAAUCUACAGUGUUCCUAUUCAUCAUUCUUGCUUGACUCAGAGAAGCCCCAUCCAGACCUGAGAAAUCAAAAUGAUUUGUGUCCGACAUCAGACCUAACUUCUUUCUCAGCGAUGAUGUUUCAUGGUGAUAACUUACCCCAGUCAAAAAAACUGCUUGAACUUAAGCAGAAAAAACAAGAGGACUCUGAAGUGCCUAACAAUAAGAUGCAUGUUUCUAAAGCUUCUUGGGGGAUCACAUCUGUUGAGCAAAUGCCUAAAACAGAGACCCAGCCUGAUCUGCACAACUGCAACCGAUUAACUCUUUGUGAAAUUAUUAGUGCAGACCCAGAGCACUUUGAGGUACACACCCCACAAAACAGUCCCAAUCAUAACAUCAUUGUUACAAAUAGAGUUGCUCCCGGCAACACAGCACUUCAGUCUUCAUGUCCUAAACAAGAGGCUCUGUUGGAUCUCAGGCAACAGAGGGUCCAUAAUGACAGACAAUUAAAACAUCCAUCAGCUACAGAAAUUCUUUUUCCUGACAAAAAUGGCAACAGCAAAGAUAUUUUGUUUGGGGCUCCCCCAAAGUCAAAUAUUUUCUUGAACGAUAGCACAACAGAUAAUGCCUCCCAAGAAGGAACUCUUCAGCAAACAGGAAAAGAAAACCACUAUCUGUCAUCCCAGAAAGAGCCUAGUGCUUCCAUAAACAACCUCGAUAAGGUUUCAAACUCAGAGCCCAAAACUGAGAAGCCCAUUAAUACAGCAUUGCUGCAACACGCAUGCUUGUCUAACAUUCAAUCAGACACUCUUAAGUGCCUUAAGUGUCCUGAGGAGGAAGUACACAAAUUGCCUGUUUCAGUGGGGACAUCUCAUUCAGUAUGUGAAGUCAGAUUCAUUAAAGGAAUCCUUAAAAAGCAGUCCAAAUAUAUGUCAGGAGAUACCACAUGUGUGUAUGGCUCAGGACAUUGGGUUUUUGCAAAACAAGUAGCUUUAGCGAUCAGAGAUAGUGUUGAACUGACUAGGGCAAAAACUAAGGAUGUGGAGGGCAACAACACCGUCAAAAAGAAGCUGCGUUGGUUUGAUGAGGUACAUGUGGAAAAAGAGUACAAAGAACAAAACAUAAUGAAACAGAUGAAAAGCAAAUCUUCCAAUAUUUCUCAGUCAAAUUACAACUCAGAGGACCACCAGCUAAGUCUCACUACAGUCUCAGGGGCUUCCAAGCCUGGACCCAGCAUGACCCCUCCAGCCUCCACUGGUUAUCACUUUACAAAGCAAGCGUGGGCAGAUGUUGGGGUUCAAGUCAGCUUGCCCCAGGAAAGAACAGAUGAGGUCAAGGUGCCGUGGAGCAGCACUAGGACCGGUGGCCCCAAGGUCCCUUGGAGAGAGCGCUCUACCAGAGCUGAAGCAGGUCCUGUUUCCUCGCGGACUAGAAAGGGCACUGUCAUACGACCUCAAUCUGCCAUCGAGGUGAGUCAGAUUGCCAAAGCUCAAGGGAAGAUCAUGGUGCCCCGCCCACCUCCUAGGAUGGAAUCAGAAGAAAAGACGCCGUACAUCACUAAGACUCCAUAUAGCGCGGAUCAUGCAAGUGUCACCUGUAAACAAGCUCUGGCUGUAGAGCAGGCCCUGCACAAGGACAACUCAGAAGGCUUUUUCUCACCUUACACACAUCAUGUAAUCAGAACAGAUGGUUCUGUUAUGUACACACCACUGCCACCCUCGUAUACCUGCCCCGUGUCUGAGGGCAACACGAAUGGCACGCCCAGCUCAGGUCAUCAGGAAACUCAGGGCUGCAGUAGAAGAAGAGGGAUGGUGUACAAUGAAAAAGGCCUCUGUUUAGAUUGCACUCCCACAGAUCAGGAGAUCUCACAGCUCUGGCAUGGUGUCCGCAGUGCCUUAGCCACCAAGGAUGCAAAAAACAUGCUUAGAAGACAGGCCCUGGAGAGUAGGCGUGUUGUGAGGAAACCCUGCGUGGAGCAGAGCAGACAGCCUCCUGGCUCAGGGAACAGAAGGUUUCCUCAGCCCUCUCAGCCAACCAAAAAGACCACAGAGCCAGUCAGACCCUAUGAAGGUUUGGAGAGUACGGCACAGUUACACCAGGCUGAAGAACAUGCUGAAGGCCUACUGGAAGAAAGGAAUAUUGUGGCUGCCAUGGAAACAGCCCAAACACAGAGGUCUGGAACGGUGCAGCAGCGCAGCCAACAGCAGGGACUCACUACCAUUUCCUUGGAAGAGCAGAAAAUCCUCCUCUCUCUGGACAGACUCAACCACCAGCUGUACUGUGUGCGGGAACAUGUGAGGGGUUAUACUGGCACACGUGGCCUCGUACUUAGUGAUGCACCCUCUACAAGUGAAGUGAAAGUCUCGAACCAUCACAAGCACCGUGCAUCCUCAGCUAACAACCCCUCUCGAUACCAGAAGAAAUUCUGACUGAAGCAUGUGUGGUCCACAGUGGUCUUCUCUCCCAUCAGUGCAUUAUCCCUGUCCUGCGUCAUACUGUAUAAUCAAUCACUUUAUUACCCUGUAAAAUGGGUUUAAUCUCCUUUAAAACUAAAUAAGCCCACUGGAGUAACUCCAAGAUCUAAGAGAUCAACAGCAAUGGACUGUGGAGACAAUUAGACCAAACUGAAUUUUUAAGUUGGUGAGUUGAAAUUAGUUUUGUAUUUUCGCCAUCUGCUUGGACAAGAACACAUUGUCACAAAAAACUUAUUUUAGCUUUUGUUGAGCCACUUGCUAUUAAGCAAUCAAAUUCUAAGUGCCUAUGAAAUUGAUACUGACUUCUAUUUGUUUUUAUUUCACAAAUGAAAAACAGCCCUUCUUAUAAUGGACACAUGACCAGAAACAACUGCAAAAUAUACACUGUGUAUAAGAUUAGUUUUUAUUUUCAAAGCUGUCUCAUUCUGUAUUUAUUUUAUAUAGUAAAACUAUAAUUUGAUGGAAACUAUUUUGGGACCAUAUUGGCGGUGAACUGAAUAAAGCUUGCUGUCAACACACUGAUAAACUCACUGGGUGCAGUGUGUUUGGCAGUGUUAGUAUUUCCUCAACGAUGCAUAACACAGUCAAUAAAUGGACUGAGGACCGGAAAUGGUUUGUAGAGAAUCGCAACGUUGAAGGUGUGUUUGUCUUUCUUUGAUGGCUUUAGAAAGGAUGAUUAUGUCUUGUGCAGUAGACUCAACCUACUGGCUCUACAAGGUGAGCCUCUGCCAGAGGGCUUUCAGCCUUCUGUUGCAAUUGCAUCUACCCUGUACUUUACUCUUGCUUUAGGUCCUAUUUCAUUUAAUAAUGUCCUUAAAUUAGAGUAACAUCAGUAGACUAAAGCCUAUUUUUAUUUGAUUUUAGUUAUUGUUAAUUUAUUAUUUAUUUAUUAAAUGUUUAUCUAUCUCCCUUGCCAAGAAAUAGGUGAAUCAAGGAAAAAAAUGAUGCAGGCAUUAUUGAUGUCAGUUCAGUUGCCCCUCCUACACCAGCAUGUCUGGUUUUGCCCCUCAGUCAGCCUGCUAGGACUUGCUCCAAGAGGUGGAGGAAGCCCAAGCUCAUUUGAAGAGUCAGGCUCCUAUCUGUGAUGGAACUUUUUUUUUUUGGUUUAACUGCAGGUUUCUGGUUCUAUGCAUGCAUACAUUCUUGAGUGUUUGAACAAAGGGGUGUAAACAAUAAUGUGACUGUGGUGUCUCACUGCCAUGUAGAGUCAUGCAUCAUCUCCUUGCUAUCUUACACUAAAACUGAGAACAGACACAAAGAGAGAAAAUAUGCUCAGCUUUGGUGUAUGAUGAUGCCUGUAGCAGCAGAAGUCCUUUGGCGAGUUGUGUGCAAAGAGAUUCUCUAAUAUAAAGGACAAAAGAUG